AUUAUUAAUCUAUGGUUGACAGCCUUACCUACGUCAGAUUGUCAGAUUCGCCGAGUCGAAUAUAAAAAAUCAAAAUGCCUACCACUCCUCCCCAGAUAUCGCCUGUGGAGGAACAAGAGAAAUAUCUUCACGAUGCCUUGGGCGUCGUUAAAGCCCAAGCUUUUCACAUGAAGAGAGCACUGGAUAAAAACAAGCUUAUGGAUGCUCUGAAGAAUGCCAGUGCUAUGCUUGCAGAGCUCAGGACGUCAUUACUCUCGCCGAAGAGUUAUUAUGAAUUAUAUAUGGCUAUAACGGACGAAUUGAGGCAUAUGGAAUUGUAUUUAGUGGAUGAAUUCCAGAAGGGAAGAAAGGUUCCUGAUCUCUACGAAUUAGUACAGUACGCAGGAAACAUUGUGCCUAGGCUGUAUUUGUUAAUUACUGUUGGUUUAGUCUAUAUUAAAACCAACACAUCUUUAAGGAGAGAUUUAUUAAAGGAUUUAGUAGAAAUGUGCAGAGGAGUUCAACAUCCGUUACGUGGAUUAUUUCUACGUAACUACCUUCUCCAGUGCACAAGAAAUGUUUUGCCCGACACACCGGACAUUGAUACGGAUUGUCCAGAAGGUACGGUAAAGGAUUCCAUAGAUUUCGUUCUAAUGAAUUUCGCCGAGAUGAACAAACUGUGGGUGAGAAUGCAGCAUCAGGGCCAUUCGAGAGAUAGGCAGAACCGUGAGAGGGAAAGAGAAGAAUUGAGGAUAUUGGUUGGUACGAACUUGGUGAGGUUGAGCCAGCUGGAGUCUGUCACGUUGGAGAAGUAUCAAAAAUCUGUUCUGCCGGGAAUCUUAGAGCAGGUUGUGAGCUGUAGAGACGCAAUCGCUCAAGAAUAUUUGAUGGAGUGUAUAAUCCAAGUUUUUCCAGACGAAUUUCAUAUACAGACCUUGAAUCCGUUCUUGAAGUCAUGCGCCGAGCUAGAGGCCGGAGUUAACGUUAAGAACAUCGUUAUCAGUUUAAUAGAACGUCUGGCUGCUUUCAGUCAAAGAUCUGAUGCGUUGGGCACCGAAGGUGCCAACAUUCUGCAAGAAGUUCAGCUGUUUGAGGUGUUUUCCAAUCAGAUUUCGUCUAUUAUCGCCAACAGAGAAUACUUGCCGCCCGAGGAUAUGGUCGCUCUUCAAGUAGCUUUGGUUAAUCUCGCUUUGAAGUGUUAUCCUGACAGAAUAGACUAUAUCGAUAAAGUUAUGCUGUCUAGUGUCGAGGUGCUCCAACGUUUAGGCCUUGAACACCUAGAAUCUCAUACCUCCGUGGCGAAAGAACUGCAGAAAUUAUUGAAAAUACCCCUCGACAACUAUAACAGCCUCCUGAUGGUCCUAAAGUUGAAGCAUUACGCUGGGCUGAUGCAGCAUCUCGACUACUUUGGCCGCAAGGCGCUCAGCAUUUACGUUCUAAACAAUGCUUUGGAAUACGAAACUGUUAUACCCACUUCGGAAGAAGCCGAACAGGCCUUGACGCUACUGAACACUUUGGUCACGGAUAAAAACGAACACCCCAUCGGCGACCUCGAUAUGGAGGAGUUGGCCGAGGAGCAGUGUUUGUUGGCGAGGUUCAUACAUCAACUGAGGUCCAACGUACCAGACGAUCAAUAUCUUAUACUUACUGCUGCCAGAAAGAUUUUGGCUUCCGGGGGAUCCUUGCGAAUAAAAUACACCCUCCCACCGCUGAUAUUCCAGGCCUAUCAACUGGCGUACAAAUACAGAGACUUAAAAGACGCCAAGUGGGAGAAAAAGUGCACAAAAAUAUUCCAAUUCUGCCACCAGACCAUCACGGCCUUGGUGAAAGCGGAACUAGCAGAAUUGCCCUUACGUCUCUUCCUGCAAGGGGCGCUAGCCAUCGAUCAAAUCGGGUUCGAGAACCACGAGACCGUAGCGUACGAAUUCAUGUCGCAAGCGUUCUCCUUGUACGAAGACGAAAUCUCCGAUUCCAAGGCGCAGUUAGCCGCCAUAACUCUGAUCGUUGGCACGUUAGAACAAAUCAGUUGUUUCUCGGAAGAAAAUUCCGACCCGUUACGUACCCAGUGCGCUUUAGCGGCGAGUAAAUUAUUGAAGAAGCCAGAUCAGUGCCGUGGCGUCGCCACUUGCUCGCAUCUGUUCUGGAGCGGCAAAAGCCUCGCCAGCAAGGGAGAAGAGACCCACGACGGGAAACGGGUGGUGGAGUGUCUGAAAAAGGGGCUGAGGAUAGCGAAACAGUGCAUGGAUAUCAGCGUACAGGUGCAGCUGUUUGUCGAGUUGCUCAACCACUACAUCUACUUCUUCGAAAAGGGGAACGAUCAAGUGGACGUCGAAAUACUGAAUCAGCUCAUUAAGAAGAUCCGUGACGAGUUGACCAACUUGGAAAGUUCGGACGAGGCGGAGCAGAUAACGAAACACUUCAAUAACACUCUGACGCAUCUGAAACUGCGGAUGGAGUCUCCCGAUGGGGACAGGGAUGUCUAUAAGGGCAUUAAAUUGAAUCCGGAAGACGCGGGGGAAAUGGAGAAGCUCGACGCUAAGUAGGUAUCGGUAAUUUUACAUAUCGUUUUUCAUGGUUAUAAUAGGAAAAGUAUGUAAGUUCACGUAUUUUAUAGUUAAUCAUGUGUAAUUCAAAUGUAUGACUUAAAAUUCCUACAAAUAUAUCAAGAUUAUGCAUUUAUGAUA